GCCAUAUCCACCACCACCACCACCGAGCCAAGAGGAAACGUCGAGGAAAAUGGCAAUGGUGGCCGUGGGUGUGCUCCACCACCACAUCCUCUCUGCGUCUUCUCGAAUUGUUUGUUUAUCUUCUUGUUCUCGCCCUCCCCUCUCAGUCUCGUCAGGUGUAGCUAAGGUGGUUCUUAAAAAGGGAAAGACGCAGCUCUUCAAAGACGGAAGUCCGAUGGUGUACAGUGGAGCCGUGGACAGGAUCAUCGGAAAGCCGCCUCCGCAGACCGGAGAUGUUGUCAUUGUCGCCGAUGGCACAGAGAAUCCCAUUGGCUGGGGUUUGUAUAACUCCGUCUCAAUGUUCUGUGUUCGCCUUAUGCAGCUCCAACACGAAUCCACCAGAGAUCCUUCUUGUGCACUCAACAUUGAGAAGCUUCUCCAAACUAGAAUCACUCAAGCAGUUCAGUUGCGGAAUAGUUUGGGACUCCCCGCGGAAAAUAAUACUAAUGCUUAUCGUCUUGUCAACAGCGAGGGAGAUAGAUUGUCUGGAUUGAUUGUGGAUGUGUUUGGAGAUAUAGCUGUGGUUGCGUCCUCCGCUGCUUGGCUUGAAAAGUACAGGAGUCAUGUGGAGGCUUGUUUGAGAUCAUCAAUCCACGGAAUCAAUCACAUCAACUGGAGACCCUCUCUUGAUGUUCUCAAAGAAGACGGCUUUGAUAUCUCAUCUUUGAAACAAACACAAUCAUCAUCAUCUGCCCCUCCUCUCCCCGAGAGAUCAAUGGUCGUGGAAAAUGGUAUCUCUUACGCAAUCUCGCUAGAGGGACAGAAGACAGGCUUCUACACUGAUCAACGCGAAAACCGCCGCUUCAUAUCCACCAUCUCCGCCGGCAAAAGAGUUCUUGAUCUGUGCUGCUAUAGUGGUGGAUUCGCACUUAAUGCCGCCAGAGGAGGUGCCACCACCGUCCUCGGUAUUGAUUCAUCUUUGCCUGCUUUGGAGCUCGCCAGAGAGAAUGUCAUCCUCAACCGUAUGGAUCCAGGGAAGGUUGUUUUCUUCAAACAAGAUUCUACAGAGUUCAUGAAGGGCGCUCUGUCAAGGGAAGAGACAUGGGACAUUGUCAUCCUAGACCCUCCUAAGCUUGCUCCAAGGAAAAAGGUUUUACAUAACGCGGCAGGAAUGUACAGAAGUCUCAACUCGCUGGCGAUGAGAUUGACAAGCAGUGGAGGUUUGUUGAUGACAUGCUCAUGUUCAGGUGCCAUGACACAGAGCGGGAAGUUCUUGGGCAUUCUUCAGAGCGCUGCAGCUAUGGCGGGGAGGAAGAUCACUGUGGUUAGGGAGGCAGGAGCUGCUUCUGAUCAUCCUCUCGACCCAUCCUACCCUCAAGGCCAGUACCUCUCCAAUAUUCUGCUUCGGGUACUCUGAGUUUUCGUUUCAACAAAAAUCUCUGUAUUUUUUUUUUUUUAGGUUGGUUUGGGACAAUAGUAAUUUAGUUUGAGCUUAUUUGGAACAAGAGUAAAUGUUAUACAUAUUUUUUGGAGUAUCAGCUCCACCGAAAGAACCAUUUUCACGUAUGUA